AUGCGGCUGCAAUUGGGCUCGGCUUUGGUGGCGGGAUUGGCCGUUGCUGCGGAAGCUUCGGCGUCGAAGCAAGAGGUGAAACAAGCUGGGGUUAAGAAUGUUGCUAUUAUCGGAGCUGGAGCUGCCGGGGCUUCAGCUGCGUACCACCUCCGCCAAUACGCAGAGGAAGCCGGCGUCAAGGUCAACAUCACAAUCUUUGAAAAGACGGACCGCAUCGGCGGCCGCACCCUGACCGUCAAUGCGUACGACGACCCGUCGCAGCCCAUUGAGCUCGGCGCAAGCAUCUUCGUCGCCGUCAACCACAUCCUCUACAACGGCACAAAGAACUUCAACCUGUCCAUCGGGUCUAACUACCGCGUCGCCGAGAGCCAGGCCGACGUCACGGCCAUCUGGGACGGCGAGAGUUUUGUCUAUGAGACGACGGACGGCACCGCCUGGUGGUGGGACGCGGGCAAGCUAUGGUGGCGGUAUGGCAUGAGUCCCUACCGCGCGGUGAACCUGGUCAAGGAGGUGGUGGGCAAGUUCUUGAAGCUGUAUGAGACGCCGUAUUUUCCGUUCCGGUCGUUGACGGCGAGGACGUAUGAGCUGGGGCUGGUGGGGAUUACGGGGGUGACGGGGGAGCAGUUUCUUGCGCAGAACAAGAUUGAUGAAAAGUUUUCAAGACACAUUAUCCAGGCUGCUACAAGAGUCAAUUAUGCCUCGAACCUGGCAUAUCUCCAUGGAUUGGAAACCAUGGUCUCGUUUGCUACGGAUGGCGCCAUGUCCGUGGUUGGAGGCAAUUGGCGCAUUUUUGAACAAAUGGUCAAAACCAGCGGUGCCACUCUGCUACAUAACACCACUGUCGCAGCCAUUGCCUUUGCAAAGGAAACGACUUCGUCUUCAGCACCCAAGUAUGAAAUAUCCACUGCUUCGGCCGGCUCAUCAUCUACAGAGCCAGAAGUGGUUGCCACGGCAUUCGACGAUGUGAUCAUCGCCUCUCCCUGGCAAUUCAGUAACAUCGAGGCCGGCGAGGGAGUUAUCAAGCACCACAUUGAAGAGAUUCCUUACACCAAACUCCACGUCACGCUCUUCUCCUCUCCACACAAGCUGGACCCCGAAUUCUUCAAGCUGGCACCAGGAAGCACAGCCCCCAGCAAUGUGUACACGACUCUCGCAGAGGGCGAGAAGCCGAAGGAGGGGACCGAAGGAGUUGGCCAGACGGGCUUCUACUCUGUCAGCACGCUCAGGACGACACUCAACUCGAAAACGAACACCACAGAAUAUGUGUACAAGAUCUUUUCGCCCAAGCCCGUGACCCCACAGUUCCUGUCCGAGCUUUUUGGCGUCAAAGUGCCAGAGGCUUUUACGUCUGGGGAAAACGGGGGCGACAACGGCGGUGUGGAUCCAAUUUCGUGGUAUUACCCUCAUUGGUUCUACGCCUACCCGGUCGAGCUUCCGCGAGUGACGUUCCAGGACCCCAUUCUAGGAAGUGGAUUGUACUACACCUCGGGAAUCGAGAGCUUCAUCUCGACGAUGGAGACGAGCGCCUUGAUGGGCAUGAACGUGGCAAGGCUGAUUGUAGAUGAUGCGGCCGGCAUUUCGCGGGAAGAGGUUCCUGCAGCUAUGAGCGAAGGGGACUUGGGGCUGGAGAAUGUCAAGGUAGACUUGGUUGCUGAAGAGCCUGGCGAGCUAUAA